AAGAAAGGUUUAUUUUUUGGAAAAACUUAAAGGAAAAUUUUAAAAAGGGAAGAACUUUAAUUUGCCAACUUUUUCUUUUGGCAAUAUAAAACUAUAUAUAUUUGAUAUAAAUAAUUAAAAAUCCCAUAUAUAAAAUUAUAAUGGAAGAAUAAGAAGUUUUUGAGGAAAUCUUAUAAAGCCUAUAAGGAUAAAUAAAGGAAAUUUUAUAUUUUUAGAAAAGUGAAGAUUUUGAAGUUUAAUUAGAUGUAGAAAUAAUUAAAUUCAUGUAAUUUAUGUUUAAUUAAUUGACUUAGAUUUUAAAUAAAGAAAGCAGUUAACUUUUUGUAAAAAUACUAGGUGAUUGUAUGUAUUUUUAAUAAAAUAAUGAGGAAAACUCAUUUAUUUAUUAAGGAAAAACACUUUCUUAAAAAACUGUUUUAGGAUCUUUAUUUUAAGUUCAUUGUACUGAAUUUGUAAAUGAAAUUUUAUAAGAAAAUAUAAUCGAAGUUAAUUUUAUUGGGGAGAUUAAGUAGGUUUUAGGGGGUGAUUUAUACAAUAAAAUGAAAAAUUUUCAGUUUUUUAAUUUGGAGGUUUUUAAGAAUGUUUUUAAAGCAUUUUCUUUUUUAGUUUUUUAUUAAUCAGAAGAGGUCUAGCCUUAGUUUUUGGAAAAUAAUUUACUUUAAAAAAUUGCUAUUUUUUUGUAAAAUGAUUGCCUAAAAUAAUAUGAUUUUAUUAAAUAGGAAGAAAUUUAAGUGAAUAGGAAUUCCUAUUUAAAUUUUGUUAGUGAACUUCUGGAAAUCUUAAACUCACUUUUUGAAAGGAACACAAAAAGGUCGGAAAGACGAGUAGCGACUUAAAUUGCUAAAAGUGUAAUUAAUUUGAAGGAAUUUCGAACUGCAUUGGCUUUUUAAAUUAAUAAAAUCGAAAAAAAAGAUGAGUAAAAAGACAAAGAAAAGGAAAAAGACGAGGAGGGUGAAAAACAGACUUUUUUUUUGACUUAAAGUGCAUUUUUGAUAAGUAAUAUUUGCAGAGAAAAUCCAAAUUUAAUUGAGAAAUUUUUAGAAGAAGAUGAGGGGUUAAUUUAACUUAUUUUAAAGAAACUAAAGGUAAUUGAAGUUUCAAAAAAUAUGAAGGAAAAUAGUUCCAUAAUGUGGUUUUUAUAUCAUAUUUGUUUGAAGGAAAUUCAUAGAGAAGAAGUAUUUAAAAGUGGUGUUUUCGAGUAUUUUUUUGAUGAGAUUUUUUUAAAUCAAAAAAAUGCGGAGAAAACUUACAUGAAUGAUUUGGUGGAAUUUUUUGAUAUUUUGGGUAUUUUUUAUUCUAAUAUUAAAGAAUUUUAGAAUUUUUUUGUUAAUUAAAUGCCUUUUUUAUUAAAAAAAUAUAACAAGGAGUAUAAAAUAAUGAAGAAAUUUUAGAAAAAAUAAUUUUUGAAGAAACAAAUAUAAAAAAAGAAGAAAAUGAGGAAAAUUUAAAAUAAAAUAUAAAAAUUUUAAGUUUCUAAUGCUUUAAUGUAGUGAGACUAUAUGAAAGAUUUAUUGAAUUGACAUUAGGAAUAUACGAAAAAGAAUGCAUAUUUGAUUAUUUAAAUAUUAUGUAAUAUUGCUGUUUAUUUUUUCUUGGUUAAUAAAAAUAAAACCAUAAGUCUUUAUUUUUCGGUUUUAAAGGAAUCAUAAAAAGUUGUUAUUAGAAUUUUAAUAAAGAUUAAUAAAAUUAAUUAAAGAAAGAAAUUUUUUUUAGUGUUGAUAAAUUAGAAAAUUUAAUAAAGGCACUAAUUUAAUAUGAAAAGCAAGAAAUGUAAAUUGAAGAAUUAGAAAAAAAUAAUAAUUAAAAAAAACAUACUUUUAAUAUAAAACAUUUAGAAAAGAACAGUUCUUUUUAAAUUGUAUCUUCUGAAAACAUACUUUAAUAAGAAAAUAUUUAAUUGAAAUUAAUAAAAUAAAAAGAUAAAAAAUAUUUCCUUUAAUUAAAAUUAUAUUCAUAAAUGUAAUAUAUUGACGUACUUUUUGACUCUUUUAGAGCUUUGAAAUAAAUACAUAGAAUUUUGGAAGAAAAUACAUCUUUUUUUGAAAGAAUAAGUCAUUUUUUUACUUUUGUUUGUAAUUUGAGAUUUUUUGAAUAAUCUUCUUUUUCUUAAAAAAUGAUUUCCUAAUUAGAACAAAAAAUACAAGAAUUAUAAAAAAAAGAAGACGAUAAUUCUUCAAACAAAUACCUCUUAUUAUAAUAAAGUAAUAUCUAUAAGGAUAUUAGAUAGCAUUUUGUAUAAGAGUUGAUAAAUUUUAAGAAUUAGAAAGAUCAUUUUUGUUACACUAAUGCACUUUUUUUCCCUUUAAUGAAAAUUUUUUAAUAACCUUUCGGCUUUUUAAUUGAAAAACAUUUCUCUUUUAAUGUUUAUGUCAAUUUUUUUUAUUUAAUUAAUUGUUUAGUGGAAGAAAUUAUUAUUUAUUAGGAAUUUUUUAACGAUGAAUUUUAUUAUAAUGGUGAAAAUAUAAAUUAGAAAAUGGAAAUAUACUCUAAAGUAGCUUUUUUAAUGAGUACUUUAGUUAAUUUAAUAUAAAUAUUUACCAAAAAUUAAAAUUAAGGACAUCUUUAGAGCAAUUUUGUGUUUUAUUAUUUAUUAAAAGAGUAAAAAACGUUACAAAAAAUAUACUGUUUUGGUUAAAAA